ACUCGAAUCAGAGAAUACAAUGCACAGCUAUAACCUUCAAGUUCAAACCCACCACCACAGCUUUGUCAUACAAGUAGCGAAUUAUAGCGACCAAACUUUUGAACCCACCACCACCGGUACCUCUACUACUACUACUACUAAGUUGAACUUGUCAGCCAUGAAGCUUUUCAACCGGUUCCGUAAGAUUCUGAUGCGCCUUAUAUUUUCGCUCCCACCUCGAGGUUCUUGCUCUUCUUCAUCGUCAUCAGCGACACCCGGAAUGACCCCAAGGCAAAGAAACUGCGAUCGAUCUUUCGACCCACCGAAGACUUCAUGCAGUUCAUAUUACUCGUCUCAUUCGCAUUAUAAUGAAGCCAUUGCCGACUGCAUCGAGUUCUUCAACAAGUCGUCCCAAGAGGGAGGUUUGGAUGGUCGGAAGUCAUCGGAUAUUAUGGUUUGA